GAUCUAUCCGACUUUAACCAAUCUCUGUUAGUCUUAAUUUUUGGUCAUAAUAUGUAGUAAGCAAGCGUGUACACAAACAAAACGUUUUGGAUCGCUGUUGUUCUCUCAACAACAAAAACGGAGGAUCGAUACAACAAGGAUUAUCCAACUCUCCUGCUAAAAGUUACACUUUACACUAACACACUGAGUCAUUCAGGUGAACAGAAGAAUAAGAUAGGUGUCUAACUCUUGAACUCUUUUCAAUUUAUCGUGUGAUCCGCAGCAACUUCUACAAACAAUGGGACGUGUUCAAAUUGUUUAUGCCCCAGAUGAUUCAUCCUCUGGACGAGUUAAUCAUCCUGGUAAACGAGAAAUUGAUCCACGCAGCGGGAAAGUGAUCAAAGUUACCCGAGAGACUCCAGAGGACUAUUUGGAUGUUCUCAAACCCGUCAAAGGUCCAAAACGUAUGGAAUUCAAUCCAAAUCUGCCCAAAACACUUACACCGAAAGGAUAUGCUAAGCUCAAAUUAGUAAUGAGUGUUACAAGUAAACAAUACGAAACGCUGAUUCGACGAUUGAAAGCUGAACGAACACUUUGGGAGGAUCCUGAUUUUCCAGCUGCAAGCAGUUCUAUUGGCAAUCUUCCAGGAGUUACAGACAGAGUGGAAUGGAAACGACCACAUGAAAUAAAUCCCAAGGCUACAUUUUUCGCUGCUGGUGCAAGUCGUUUUGAUGUUAAACAAGGAGCACUUGGUGAUUGUUGGCUACUUGCAGUAGUAGCCUCUAUUGCAGGCUAUCCACAACUUUUUGAGCAUGUUGUACCUAAAGAUCAAGUAUUACAAGGACCUGAUUACGUUGGUGUUGUACGUUUUCGAUUUUGGAGAUUUGGUCAAUGGGUUGAAGUUCAUAUCGAUGAUCGUCUCCCAGUCACCAGAGGAAGUAAUAGAUUGAUUUUUAUGAAUUCAAAUGAUCCAACGGAAUUUUGGUCUGCUUUAUUAGAAAAAGCUUAUGCAAAAUUGAACGGUUGUUAUGCUCAUCUAUCUGGAGGAUUACAAAGUGAAGCUAUGGAAGAUUUAACUGGUGGUAUUUGUCAAUCAAUUGAACUCAAAGAAAGUGAACGUCCAGCAGAUCUUUUAAUCCAGAUGAAAGUAUACAGUCAACAAUGUUGUCUUAUGGGUUGCAGCAUUGAUUCAAAUGUUAUGGAACAAAAGAUGGAUAAUGGACUUAUUGGAGGUCAUGCAUACAGUAUAACAGGUGUAUAUCCCGUUCGUUUUCGUGGAGGUACUCAAUGGUUAGUGCGUUUACGUAAUCCAUGGGGUGAUAGUCAUGAAUGGAGAGGUGCAUGGUCUGAUCGUUCUCGUGAAUGGCGUGAAAUAAGUGAUGAAGAUAAGAAAGCUCUUAGGUUGGAUUUCCGAGAAGAUGGUGAAUUUUGGAUGUCAUAUGAAGACUUUGUUUCAAGCUUUUCAAGAAUUGAAGUAUGCCACUUAGGCUUGGAAAGUUUAGAACAUGAUCAAGAUUUCCGUGGUAGAAGACGAUUAGAUGAAGCGAUAUUCGCUGGUCAAUGGCAACGUAAUGUAAAUGCUGGAGGUUGUAUUAACAAUCGAUUAACCUAUUGGACAAAUCCACAAUUUCGUAUCACAGUUGAGGAUCCAGAUCCUGAUGAUAAUGAUGUGAAAUGCACAGUGAUUGUCGGUUUAAUGCAAAAGGAUGUGAGGAAGAAACUUGGAGCAGAAUUUCAAGCAGUUGGUUUUAUGGUUUAUAAUGCACCUGAAGAUCAAUCAACUUUACUGACACGUGCACAAAUUUUAACCAAAACUCCUAUUGCAAAAUCACAAUUUAUUAAUAUCCGUGAAGUUACUGCACACUUCCGUGUACCUCCAGGAUCAUAUAUUAUUAUACCAAGUACAUUCGAGCCAAAUAUUGAAUCGAAUUUUGUAUUACGCGUUUUCUCGCAAGUUCCAAUACAACAAGAAGAACUUGAUGAAGACAACACUAACCAAGGCCUACCAGAAGAUGUUAUUGAAGCCUUGAAAUUAGAAGACACAAUAUUGAAUGAAGAUGAAGAAAUUGAAAGGAAAUUUUUGGCUAUUCGUGAUAAGAAAACUUUAGCUAUAGAUGCUCUUAAAAUGGGUGAACUACUAAAUGGAAGUUCAUUGCAAGAUAUACCAAAUUUCAAAGGAUUCAAUAAAGAAUUAUGUCGUAGUAUGGUCGCCUCUGUAGAUAAUAAUUUAACUGGUCUGGUGGAAUUGAAUGAAUUCAUGAAUUUAUGGGUUCAAGCUAAAGGAUGGAAGAAUAUUUUCCUUAAACAUGACAUUGAUCAAAGCGGAUAUUUCAAUGCUUACGAGUUAAGAGAAGCUUUGAAUGAUGCAGGCUUUCAUGUCAGUAAUCGAUUGUUCAAUGCUAUAGUACACCGAUAUCAAGAGCCUGGGACAGACAGAAUUAGUUUUGAAGAUUUUAUGCUAUGUAUGGUAAGAUUGAAAACUUCUUUCGAAACUUCUGAAGCACAUCCAAAGAAUCUUGAAGGCACAUCGCUAUUUAAUAACGAAGAUUAUCUACGAUUUGCUGUUUAUAUCUGAAUUUUGAUUUGGCCGCAUCUAGUGAAGUCGUUUUUAAACAAAAUAAUAAUAAAAUUCAUUGACAAUUUCGCUGUUUCCAUGUUUUAUGUUCACUUAUUUAUUGUAGAAGAUAGAAAGACAUAAACACGUGGUUUUUCUUCUUUUUUUAUGAAAAAAUUUAAAAUAAAACUUUUAUACACGCUU